CUGUCAAAAACCGAAGUUUGACGAAACGUCAAAAUUGUUGUGAAAUUUUUAUCCUGUUCAAGGGUUUGGUUUUAGUUUUGAAUAAACUACAUACUUAUUCAAGAUGAACAGAAUAUUCGGAAGAGGAAAGCCUAAGGAACCUGGCCCUAGCAUCAAUGACUGUAUCAGUAGUGUGGAUAGCAGGGCAGAUAAUAUUGAGCAGAAAGUCCAGAAGCUGGAGAAUGAACUUAGGAAAUACAAGGACCAGAUGAACAAGAUGAGAGAGGGGCCAGCAAAGAAUUCAGUCAAACAAAAAGCUAUGAGGGUAUUAAAGCAGAAGAAAAUGUAUGAGCAGCAGCUUGAGAACCUCAGAGCGCAGUCGUUCAACAUGGAACAAGCGAACUAUGCUACGCAGACACUCAAAGACACGCACGCCACUGUGGCAGCCAUGAAAGAUGGAGUCACACAGAUGAAGAAAGAGUUCAAGAAGAUCAAUAUUGAUACUAUUGAGGAUGUCAACGACGAGCUAGCAGACAUGUUGGAGCAAGCCGAUGAGGUGCAAGAAGCUUUGGGCCGCCAGUAUGGCAUGCCGGAGAUCGAUGACGACGAACUGGCUGCUGAAUUGGAUGCUCUCGGUGAUGAAAUAGCCCUUGACGACGACGCUUCCUACCUGGAUGACGUAGUAAAGGCCCCCGCUGCUCCCGACAAGGAGCCAGGAGCGGACAGCAUUCGUAACAAGGACGGAGUUCCCGUCGACGAGUUCGGCUUGCCGCAAGUACCCAGCGCGGCACAAACUUCACGUUGAUAUGACGUCACACGGCACAGGUAAUAUAGUCUAUAGAUAGCUUUCGUUCUAUUCGCUUUUUGAAAUGGACUAUCGUGAUAGUGUAUGGAACCUCUUUUGUUUUUAUUUUGUUUCAACAUUAAAGUAGUUUUGUACUGUUCUGUAGGUCUGUUAGAUUUGUUUAUCUAUGGCAGGUCAUGUGACGUAGUGUUCUCUUUCUAGCGCUGAGUCACUUUGAAAUGUGUAGUAAAAUACCAUAAACACGUCAGUGUAGUACUGGCAACUUUUAUUUCGAUAUACCUCCUUAUACGUAUACAGAUUAAACACAUUAUGCUAUCAAUGAUGCGCCAUAUAACGCAAAAUUUCGCUAUGUUAAGUCUAACAGAUUUACACAGACUUACUUUUAUUUUAUUCAUGGUCAUAAAAUCAUCGAUUGUUUUCGUACUGCAUCUGACAUAAUAAUAUAAUUUUAAUUGUAUGUUGUAUAAUACUAAAAGCGUAGAGCAUUCUGAUUUCACUUUGUAACCAAUUUUAUAUUUUUAGUAAUGAUAUUCAGCACUAAUU